AUGGACUGGUUUAUUGGUGCUAUCCCGCCUCCGGAAUACCAGGCUGUCGCUUGGUUUGCGAAUGUUGCUACCAUUAUCGAGACCAUUGGCUGGGCAAUCAAUUAUGCAUGCAUCCUGGGCCAACUGGCCGCGGCCGCGACCCUCGGACCGGGUGUUGCUGCGACAGUGGUAGCUUGCUUUUGCUAUCUUCUGCUCACCGUGGGGUCUCUCUGCCAGCUGAUAAUUCGUGGUAGCUCUCGGGGUACUUCUUAUACAAUGUGGGCCUCUCGAUUCAUCGGCAAUCUGGCAGCCGGUUUCAAUGCGCAUUUUAGGGUAACAUACUGGCCACAGGUCUUUGGCUUCUUGGACACCGCCCUAAUGAAAUGGUUCGUCGCAACUACCACGAUAGUUGAGUUAUGCUAUAUAUUUGUCUUGCGCCAUAUUCGAGACAAAGAGGCUGCAAGUCAUAACACAACCAACCUUGCCGACAAGAAACGAUAA